AUGGUGGGAUCCGACGCGCUGCAGUCCAUCGUCUACAACCGUGGGUCCCUCCGCCUCCUUGAUCAGAGGAAGCUGCCGCUCGAGAUGGACUACAUCGACGUCAAGAGUUCCGCCGAUGGCUGGAAUGCAAUAAGAGACAUGUUUGUCCGUGGUGCUCCAGCAAUAGCCAUAGCAGCAGCACUAGCAUUAGCUGUCGAAGUUUCUGAUUUAGAUUUCAUUGGUACGCCUGGAGAAGCAGCUUCUUUUGUUUCCAAGAAAUUGGAAUACCUUGUAUCCAGCCGACCAACUGCAGUGAGCCUAUCUGAUGCUGCAACAAAGCUCCAAACUUUGGUAUCAAAGGCAGCUGAAACUGCAAAAGAUUCCAAGGCUAUCUUUCAGGUCUACAUUGAGGCCGCAGAGACAAUGCUUGUUGAUGAUGUGGCAGAUAAUAAAGCUAUUGGCUCACAUGGAGCUGUAUUUCUUCAAAGGCAGCUUGCAAAUUCAAAAAAGAUAUCUGUUCUAACCCAUUGUAAUACUGGCAGUCUUGCAACUGCUGGUUAUGGAACUGCCCUCGGGGUUAUACGCGCUCUUCAUUCGGGGGGAGUUUUAGAGAAGGCCUUUUGCACCAAAACUCGUCCAUUUAACCAGGGAUCCAGGCUUACAGCUUUCGAGUUAGUUCAUGAAAAAAUACCUGCAACACUGAUAGCAGAUUCUGCUGCUGCUGCAUUGAUGAUACAAGGGCAUGUUCAGGCUGUCAUCGUUGGUGCUGAUCGAAUAGCAGCAAAUGGUGACACAGCCAACAAGAUUGGCACAUACAACCUCGCCAUCUCCGCGAAGCAUCACAGCGUCCAGUUCUAUGUGGCAGCACUGGUAACUUCCAUUGAUCUCUCCCUCCCAUCUGGGGAUGAAAUAGUCAGAGAGGAAAGAUCACCCAAGGAGUUGCUGAACUCUGAAGGUGGUUUAGGAAAGCAAGUUGCUGCAUCUGGUAUAUCAGUCUGGAACCCAGCUUUCGAUGUUACUCCAGCAAAUCUGAUCACUGCAAUCAUAACAGAAAAGGGUGUGAUCACAAAAACUGAUGCUGAUGGAUCUUUCGACAUCAAAGGAUUCCUUCAGCCUGCAAAAUAA